AUGCUCAUCCGGCUUGCUCAGUUGGGGCACCACAACCAGGUUCUAAGGAACCUCGGCGCCCAGCAUGACCCGGACCUCCCUAUCACCUUUGCCCUUGGCCUCGGCAGCCUACAGCAAGGUUGGAAGCCGGGCUCCAAAAAAUGGAAGAAAAACUGGAAUGCUUGCAUGAACAGCGAGUAUGACCGACUGAUUGGUUGUCGUGUCACCAGCCUUGCGACUUGGCAAGAACUGUGUGCUGAAGUCGGAAUCGAGGACUCCUUCACAUCGAUCAAUCAAUGCAAGAAGGCCCUCGCUCGGGUGCAUGUCAAUAUCGUCGACCUUCUUGAUACCUGGAACUCCGACUUAACUCCAACACUUUUCAAAAGCAAGAAGGCGCUUGCUAAAUACAUGGAGUAA